GAUCAUAAUAAUGAGAAUCAACUGAGCCCAAAACCAGGAAAAAAAAGGGUCCAUUUCAGGAAAGUCUACAGGGUCUAAUUCUUCUUCCUUCUCUCACAGUCCAUACAUAGUUCAGAUUCCUUUUCUCUCUCUUUCAACGCUUACACACACACACCCCAAGAGAGAGAAAGAGAGACCUUCAUUAAUAAUAGUCUAUGUUUACCACUAAUCGCAUUCCUUAAUCCCUCUCUCCCUCUCUCCCUCUCUCCCUCUCUCUCUAAUCACCCAACCCAUUAGACUUUACAAGUCAUUUUCUCUGCAUCUUUGUGUUUUUAUUGAUUCUGGGUUUUGCCAAAAACCCAAAAAAGCAAGAGGCUUCAACAUUCAAACUUCACUUCUCUCUCUUCCAUUUUUAUUUUCCGAGUUUGUCAAGUUCUCUGCUUGAGAAAAAUGACUGUUGAGGGGGUACUUGAUGAACCCAGAGACCAGUUUCCCAUUGGAAUGCGUGUGCUUGCCGUGGAUGAUGAUCCCAUUUGCCUUAAGCUCUUAGAUGCUCUACUCCGUCGGUGCAAAUAUCAUGUUACCACUACCAGUCAGGCAAUAACGGCAUUGAAGUUGUUGAGAGAAAACAAGAACAAGUUUGACCUGGUUAUCAGUGAUGUACAUAUGCCAGACAUGGAUGGAUUCAAGUUGCUCGAGCUUGUAGGGCUUGAGAUGGAUCUCCCUGUUAUAAUGUUGUCUGCAAAUGGGGAUACCAAGCUUGUGAUGAAGGGAAUCACCCAUGGAGCUUGUGAUUACCUGCUAAAACCCGUCCGAAUUGAGCAGUUAAAGAACAUAUGGCAACAUGUGAUAAGAAGAAAGAAAGUCGAUUCAAAGGACCAGAAUUCUUGCAAUCAAGAAAAGUCACAUGCUGGAAAUGGUGAAGGAGGACCUGGAUCAGCGGGCACAGGAAAUUCAGAUCAGAAUGCAAAGCUCAAUAAAAAACGGAAGGAUCAGGACGAGGAUGAGGAUGAUGAUCGUGAUGAGGAUGGACAUGAUAAUGACGAUCCGUCAACCCAGAAAAAGCCUCGGGUUGUUUGGUCUCUAGAGCUGCAUCGCAAGUUUGUGGCCGCUGUUAAUCAGUUAGGCAUUGACAAGGCUGUACCCAAAAAGAUUUUAGAUUUGAUGAAUGUUGAAAAGCUUACAAGGGAAAAUGUGGCAAGCCAUCUCCAGAAAUAUAGGCUUUACCUGAAAAGAAUCAGCCGUGUGGCAAACCAACAAGCUAAUAUGGUGGCAGCCUUAGGGACUUCUGAUUCUUCAUAUUUGCGAAUGACUUCUAUGAAUGGAGUUGGAAAUUUCCAUCCACUGACGGGACCUGGUCAGUUUCAUAACAAUGCAUUCAGAUCCUUCCCACCUAGUGGGAUGGUUGGUAGAUUGAACACUCCUGCUGGUCUGGGUCUACAUUGUCUUCCUUCUUCAGGAAUGUUUCAAUUGAGUCAUGCACAGAAUACAAGCAACUCCAUUAAUGAUCAGCCAUUGAUAUUUCCUGGAAACCGUAAUGGAAAUAUACUGCCAGCACCGUUGGAACUUGAUCAACAACAUGGUACUGAAGCUGCCUGCGUUGCAGACUUCUCUGCUGCUGUCAAUGGUACAACAGUUUAUCCUACUUCCAGUGGUCUCCCAGAUGCAAAAGUGUUUAAUAGUUCAAAUGAUGCUCUUGGGCUUGGAGACAACCCAAUUUUAAGACACACUCGAGAUUCUGAAGUUGGAAGAAAUUAUGUAAAUCAAUCUUCUGUAUCAAGGGCCUCCUUAAGAUCAGAAUUGUCACCACCUUUUUUGGAUCAUGGUAGGUUGAAUGACAACUGGUCAAGCGCUUCUCAGCCAUCUAUGUUCCGCUCAAAUUCAUUUUCUUCACGUGACUCAUUCAAACAACCUACUCUGCUUCAAAGUAACCUGAAGGACAAUAUGCCUGUUAUGUCUUCACAAAUUGGGAGCCCUCAGAUUGAUAUUGAUGUCUCUAUCUCCUGUCAAUCGCAGGAUUCAAGAUUUGGACUACCGAUCCAAGCAUCUGCAAUCAGCAAUAAUUCUGGGCAAACAAUUAAUAAUGACCCAUUUCAGGGGUGGGAUGACCAUAAGCCGGAUUCCCAAUACCCUUCAGAUGUUAUAUGUACCUCAAUGAACUCUUUGAUGCCGGUUAAUGAUACUAUGGCUCCUUUUGACCAGAAUUCGGACUCUAGAACGACAACCUUCCAAAGAAACAUGGACUUCAAUUCGAUUGGACAAUCUAAUUUUCUCGAUCCAUUACUCAUGAAAUAUGAUGAUAUUGAACUCUCAACUCAGGAUGCAUCAUUGAAGAUGAGACCGGGGUACCUUAUGGACCAACGGAAGCUGCAGGGCGGUUACAACCCCAACAAUGUUGGGUCAUUGGAUGAGUUAGUGAGUGCAAUGAUGAAACAGGAAAGGAGAUAAGGCGAAGUCAAUGGCGGGGAAGGUUCAAAGGCCAUGUAGGGAAAAAAGAGAGGAGAUAUCACUGACCUUCACUCCUCUAGUUUCAGAGCAUUUGUCUACAUAUUUACAUUAAUAUCAAGUUUUGUAUUUUCCUAGCAAGAAUUAGUCUCCAUUCUCUCUAGUUUAGUUGCACAUUAAUCCGUUUUAGUUGUUUAUCGAACAAAAUUAGGGCUUGUUUAAUCUGCUGUCAUCCAGCCCCGGCAAUGUAUUAAGGAGUAGUUAAUGAUAUCUCUUUGACUACACUACAUAUAUGCUUUGGCUUCCCUUUAA